CAGUCCGUCACGACAGCCAGCUGACGAGACGGGACCGUUCCGAAGCUUGCUUGCAGUCCAUCAGCCGUUCAACGCCAGUGUUCCACUGCGCGGCAAACAGCGCGUAUGCGCGAUAUCGUCUGUCUAAACCGGCAUUCGAUUCGAACGCGCUAAACAAAUUCAAAAUUUAAUUUUUUUUUAAUUUUUUCGUAUGUAACGCUGUUUGUACGCCGAAAUUAAAGUGCCUUAAUUAGUGUUGUUUUGUGACUGUUUUACAAAUAGUUCGCAGUGCAACACUGUCUAUGAAACGCUGCGUUUUUGUUGCGACUUAUUUUUAGACGGAACGAAAGACAAAUUCAAAUAUGGAUUUGGAGUUUCGAAAUCUGAAAUAUACGGUGAAGAGUCCCCUAAAAAAGGGUACCCGCAGAGAUGUAGUGAAAGGUGUGGACGGCAGAUUCUCAUCAGGGCAACUGGUUGCUAUCAUGGGACCGUCAGGAGCCGGCAAGAGUUCGUUGCUCAACGCCAUUUCCGGUUACAGAUCUGCUGGAGUGACUGGGGAGUUACUAGUCAAUGGGCAGCCAAGAAACGAGCAUCAGUUCCAAAGGUCAUCAUGUUACAUAACUCAGGAAGACUUGCUGCAACCUCUUUUGACUGUCCGGGAGGCUAUGGACGUGGCCGCGAAAUUGAAACUCCCCAAAGGAUCCAAGGGUCACGCAGAGGAGAUUCUGCAAGAGCUGGGUUUGCUGGAACAUCAGCAUACGAAGACUGAUCGAUUGUCUGGUGGACAGAAGAAAAGGCUGUCAAUUGCCCUGGAACUGCUAAACAAUCCACCAGUUUUCUUCCUGGACGAGCCAACGAGCGGGUUGGACACAGUCACGACGGUGCAGUGUGUGAAGCUUCUGAAACAGUUGGCGAGACAGGGGAGGACCGUGGUGUGCACCAUACACCAGCCGGCCGCGUCGCUCUUGGAGUUGUUCGAUCAAGUAUAUGUGAUCGCAGAUGGUCGCUGUAUAUACCAGGGCGACACAGCAGCAAUGGUCCCGUACUUACAAAGCGUGGGUUUACCCUGCCCCAGACAUCACAAUCCUGCUGAUUUUAUAAUCGAAUUGACUGAAAACCCAGCAAUCAUCGAUGUUCUAUGCGAAGAAAUGAUGAAUGGAAAGUUGUACAAAUCGGCCAAGUUGGACGCCCCCUUGGCUGUAGCCGAGACGAGCCAAGUUACAAGCGCGAUGGGCCUCAAAAUUUGCUAUCAAUCUGAAGUCGACAGCGCUGAGAAAGAGAUUAUGCUGACAAAUGAAAACUGCACUUAUAAAGUACCGGAAUACCAGGGAAAUGGGUCUCUCAGUUCAUCGUCGAGUCAGAUCUCCCAAGGGAACUCUUCUUUGGCGUGGAUGAAGAUCCAUAAAACAGAAGACUCAGGGUCAUACGCGACGACAUACUGCCAACAGUUCUCCAUAUUGCUGUGCAGGAUGGUGUUACAAAUCUUCAGGAAUCGGCAAGGUCUGUGGAUCCAGUUGAUUCAUCACAUCAUGUGCGGUGUUCUCAUAGGCAUCUGCUUCUUCAACAUGGCGAACGAUGGAACUCAGAUGUUCAACCACUUGAAGUUGUGUGUUGGGCUCGUCAUAUUCUUCGCCUACACUCAAAUUAUGGUCCCAGUGCUUGUUUACCCUCAAGAAGUGAAACUGGUGAAGAAGGAACACUUCAACCGGUGGUACAGCCUCACGCCAUACUACGCCGCACUCACAGUCUCCAAGCUCCCAGUGCAGGUUUCCCUGAACGUACUCUUCUGUACUAUAGUGUACUUCAUGGUCGGAGUUCCGUUUGGUAUGGCGCGGUUCAUCGCAUUCUGCCUUAUAGGCAACGUGGUGUCUUUGGUCGCCGAAGGAAUGGGACUAGCGAUCGGGUCCGUCUUCAAUGUGAGAAACGGUUGCGCCAUCGGGCCGUCCUCCAUCGCGCCAUUCCUCGGUCUCGCCAUCUACGGCUUCGACUUCGCUCACCGCAUUCCCCUCAUGAUGAACAUCCUCAUGAAGACUUCCUUCAUCAGGUGUGGAGUCGUCGCCAUGGUUCUCACCAUAUUCGGCUUCGGCCGGGAACCCCUCGAUUGCAACGACGUCUACUGCCACUUCGCCAAACCAGACGUACUUCUCAAAUACCUCGACAUAGAAAGAACCUCUGUCUGGCUCGAAAUCAUCACAAUGCUGGGUAUCAUGUUCGUCUUUAGAUCUUUAUGCUUUAUAGGUCUAAGGUGGAGGUUCGCGACGUGAUCGAAUUUAAACUUAAUUUGUGAUAUAGGUAUGUACCUGCAAAAGUCCAUUACAUCAUUUUUCAUACUCUAGUUAUGUUGUAGGUAUAUGUAGUUGUAUUUGUAUGGACAUGUUCGCUAUAUGAUCUAAUUUAGUCUUCAUUUGUUAAAUUCAUUUCAUUCAUAGAUACCUGAAAAACUCUAUAGGUACGAUCGCGUUCAUAUCUGCAGUCAUAGUUUUAAAAUUCUUACGGGUUAAAAUAGCGUGCACUGUGGUUCCACUAGAUACACACACACAUGCAUAUUUAAAAAGAAUAAAUAUUCCUUCAAAUGAAUACGGUCUUUAAUACCAAUGAUUACUAAGUAAAACAGUUUAUUAUUCUAUGACAUAUAACAUAACAAAACAGAAAGAGAGGGUAAUCAACGAUGGCCGAACUGGGCCCGAUAAUUGUCGAUCGAGAUAUCGUCGUCUCUCAUUAUUUGCAUAAGAUUUGCCUAUAGAGGGAAGCCUGCGACUACCAGACUUAUGUCAUUUCAAUAAAGUUUAAAGUUUGUCUGCACACGACCCUAACAUAGGUAGUGGUUCCUUUGAAAGUUAUUGGGUAGCAAUUUUAUUACUUCGUUUGUGCAAGUGAGAUCUAAGAUAUAUUAGAUAAUCUCGCUUGCUCACACUCGCUUGUUCUAGUUACUAGCGGAUUCCGAAGUUAUUCAAGGAAUUUCUGUCUAUUAAAAAAAAUAUAUAUUGUUACUGAUAAUUUUUAAUGUUUCAAGGUGCCAUUUGAACUAAGUAACUGACUGACUAACUAACUAACUGAUAUCUAAGAAUUACAAUACCCGUGUCUUCAAACACGGAAAUCAGCAAGAAAUAUUAAACAAGAGGGAGCAAAAUAAAACAUUCAAUAAUUAAAAUUAGUAAAUUUUAUUGAAACAGUUUACCUAUAGUUUUGUUUACAUAUUGAUUAUUAUAUAAAGGUAUACAUACAGCAUAUUAUACUAAUUUACCUAUCUCCUGUUAUUAAGGUUACAGCUUAAUUAUUCGUUUUCAUAAAGAAAAGAUAUUGAAGCUGUCCUUAAAAUACUAUCUAAGUAGUAGUUUUAAUAUAAACUGGCAGAACCUUUCACGCACUAUAUGGACUCGAUACACAGGGUAGUUGUCUUGCACAAAUGAUAUUGCAUAUCAUCAAUCGGAUAAAUACACCGCACAGUUGGUAACAUGGUUUCUUCCAGCACUUGCACAUAAUGAGCAGCUGUAGCGCAUCCUGCUAUCCACAUCUGUUCCCCAGGUCCAGCAGCACUCAUCCAGCCCCACAUAUUUACAGAUAUGUGUCCAGACUCCAUAUUUGGCACAAUAUUUUUUUCUUCAUACCGAGUUGCAUUUCUUCGCCAUAAAUGAAGCCUACCGUGUUGCGAUGACGUAAACGAACUUUUUUUCCGUAAAUAUCGCCUUGUUCCAGUCAAAAUCCAAAUACUGCCAAGCAAAUUCUAAAUGUUUUUGCUUAUUUAUUUCGGAUAAAUACGGCUUUCUUGCUGGCUGUCUGUGGAAUAGUCCCUCACGGUGCAAACUCGACGAACAGUAACCACUGAUGUGUCGAACUGUUCCGCACAUGUUCUGGUCGGUAUGAAGCCAUUAUUUUCGUACUGUUCCACCAUGGAUCUCCGCUGUGUGGCGUGUCGCUGUGUUGAUUAGCGGACGACAGCCGCUGCGCGGUCGACUUUUUACACUACCCUCUUCUUGAUGGCGCGUUACCCAACGCUUAACCGCUUGUUGUUUAUUGUGUUAUUUGUGUGAAUGUGUGAGUGACAGCGGUGACUGUAAGCUAUAAAGUUUUGCGAACUAUGACUGCAAUUAUGAACGCGACCGUACAUAAUAUUUCAAAGGAAUUGUCCUAAAAGUUGCAUAUGGACUUUUACAGGCAGGUACAAACUUUUGUAAUAGCAUGUGAUAAUAUUUUUUGUAAAUAGUUUACAGCGUUGUUAUUGACAUGUAGGUUAUUUAUUUAUUUAGAUUAAGUAGAUGUUUGUCAAGUAGGUAUAGGUAUUAAAAGUGUAGAACACAAUCACAGCAGACCCAGGUAAUGGAUAGAAAUAGGUCAUAAUGAUUUACUUUUUACGAACCUGAGGCUAACAUUAGCUGCAUACGGUAACUGUUUUAUUUUCUGGUAGACAAUUUCAGUUUUAUUUGUUUUUUAACAAAUAAAAAGUUUUUAAAGAAUUUACGUACGUAGGUACCUAUAAUGUGAUAUGCCAUAAUAUAAUCCAAAUUUCAUGGCAUUAUUCAAACUACAAAACUUACUUACUUACUUACUUAAAAUAUGCAGUAAAAGUGCUUACGGUCUUUUCUCCGUUCUUGACUUGUAUUUACUUAAUGUAACAUAAUAGGUUAUAUAUUGUUUAUAAUACAAAUACAUACCGGCCAAAGAAUCUCAAGUAACUUUGCGACUGACUUUUUUGAUAUGAACGUAUGUAAAAUUCUUAAGUGCCUAAUCAAGUUAUUAUUUAACGCAGUAGUUAUAUCAUAAGUUGUAGAUUUAAGUUAGUGUUCUUUAGAUGAUUUUAACGUUAGUCGUGUUGUCUUUGAAAAAUUUUUGUACUUAUGUUUUUGCAAGAUUUAAAGUUGUAAUUAGAUCUGUAAAUGUAAAAUAAAUACAAAAGUAUCACGAUGAUACAAUGACACGAAGUUUUAAUCACAAUGUCAAAUCAAAAGUCAUUUCAAAUGAUUAUUUUUAUAUCGCCAUUCCACACCAAAGCCAGCAGAAAAACAAGGAUAGUGAUACAAAACAUCACAAAAUGACUUAAUUUGGAAUGAUAUACGGCGGGAUUGAUUGAACUUAUAACAUUUAAGGUUACCUACCUACAUGUUAGGGAUUUUGUAGUGCUGGGUCACUUGAUUGUUGCGUAAAAAAAGAUAUAAACAAAAAUAUAUACCUAGUAGUAGUAGGCCAUCGAGUCAUCAUUUUUAAUACAGUGAAGAAAAAUUUUGCUUUUAUUGCUGUCUUUUUCUAAUAGGUAUCUCUCUCGAGUUUCGAUUGUCGUUUGGCCUACGAACAGUUCCACAACAUAAUUUUCGUCCUCGGGCGUUUAACCGGCAGAACUUUUCAUCUUUGCGCCAUUAAUCGAGAGAAUGGACUCCUACUUUUCUGACGACGAAUCGUUUAAAAGAUGACAAGUGUUUUAAUCGCCUAAUCUCUCGAUGUUGAAAAUUAUUUUCGUCGAACUAUUCAAACGCCACACAACCGUCACAGACUCAUUACUCUCUUUCUCUUAUCUGGACGAAAUCCACUGCACUUCAAAGAUUCGUUCCGUUAUAAUUUAAAUAUUCAAUCCCCUAUUGGGAUGUUAUUAGCUCAUUGAUAGUAUUUUUUUUUAUAUAAAAAAAAGCAGCGUUCAAGCCAUAAGGCUUGAACGCUGCAAUUACCCAAGACGGCAGAAAUAUAUAGCCCAUUGGGUGUGGUGAAUGACAUUUAUGCGGAUGUUGGCGUAUUAAUGUAUGAUUUUUUGAUCUACAUAUAACCAAACUAUUGUAACCCAAAAGUUGCCUUUGUUCAAGUCAAUUGAAAUAACAACUAAGUUAGUGCCACUAGACAUAAAACGUAAGCCUUUGAUUCGGCCUUUAAAUUAAGUCAGUAACACUAUCUACUAUUUUGAAGGAAUUUUUUAACUACUAGAUAAUUCUGAUAGUUUUUAGGAAUGAUUUUAAACUUGACUUACGACCAAAUACUCAAACGAUUUCUAUAAAAUAAAUAAAAAUUGCUGUGUAAGAUAAAAACACAAAAACAAUCAAAAUAUGGUAAACAUAACAUUUAGAAAGUUAAUAUUAAAAAAUCGUUUCAGUAUUUUGUCAUAUGUAACUUGUUUAGCGUACUUGAUUUUUUUUACUUUUUGUAAUA